GAAAAAAGUGAAAAAUAAUAGAAUGGGAAAAAGGCGGACGCAAUCCCUGAUCGACUCGAACUCGAGCGAUAGUGAUAGCGGAUCGGACACGAAAUUGGAGUCGGACCUCCUGUCGUUGGCCAAGAAGCGUAAGAAGCCACAAAAUGCCAGCAAGGCGAGCUCACUAUCCGAUUCCGACUCGGAUUGGGCAAACAACAAAUCUGGUGCGCCUGCCACGAAGAAGAAGAAGCGUCCGAAGAGGGCCAGCAGGAACUCAAGUUCGUCGGAGUCCAACUGGGACGAUGAGAGCCAGGAUGAGUCCGUGCAACCUCCGCCUGUGGAAAAGAAGCCCGAGGAGCCACCGAAGACAGGCAACCACAGCGAACAUGAGGAGGGCGAGGUCUCCGACAGCGACUCGGACAAUUCGAAGUCGAACUCCUCAUCUGGCUCCGACUCGUCCAGCUCGUCCUCGUCCAGCUCCGACGCCGAGUUCGAUGAUGGCUUCGACGACGACAUGAUGGGCGACGAGGAGGAUCGCAAGCGCCUCAAUGACCUGUCGGAAAAGGAGCGCGAGACGGAGAUCUUUAAACGCAUCGAACAACGCGAAAUCAGGCGCACCCGAUGGGAGAUCGAGAGAAAGCUGAAGCUAGCCCGGCGCGGUGAAAGGAGCGAAAAAUCCAGGUCAAAAGGGGAAAGGGCAAAAAAGAAGAAAGAGAAGAAGGCCAAAAAAAGCAAGGAAUUGCCACCGUCCAUGCCACAGCCACCGAACUCCGUGCUUUCUGAACUGGAGCCCAAACCGAUUAGCGAAGUUGGAAGCAACAGUCCCCUGCCUCAGUCCUCCAAUAGGGAUGUGGCUUCAACUUCGGCGGCCGUGGCCAGCAUUCUUAACGACCGAGAAUCAGAUGAUCAGGCUGGCGCUGGCAUGGGCGACUAUUUCGAUCACAAAGAACGGUCCAAGGAGCGAAAGAAGAAUGUGGAGGCCAACAAAACCGAUGACAAGCGAAGCAAUGCCAUGGCCCUACUGAAGGCCAAGCGGGAAGGCAAGGCCAAGAGAGAGGAAGAGGAAGCCAAGAGGCAAGCCGAACGCGAUCGAGACGACAAAGAGGAACUUGAGAGCGUGUCAGGCUGCAAGUCGGCUGUGAAGCUGAAAGCCUCAGAGAUUUACUCGGACGACUCGGGCAGCAGUGACUGGGACGAGGAUGAGAAGCCAACGGGCAAACGGUCGCGUUCGAUUAGCAGCAAGGCUUCCAGCGAGUCUGAGGAUGAUGACAAGACCACCAAAAGUCCUGUGUUCAUAUCGAACCGCGAAGAUCUGAACAAAUUGCGUCUGUCGCGCCACAAGAUGGAGCGUUUCGUCAAUUUGCCCAUUUUCGAGAGCACAGUUCUGAACUGUUUUGUGAGGAUAAGCAUUGGAAACAAUGGCCAGAAGCCAGUCUAUAGAGUCGCUGAGAUUACCGGCGUAGUGGAGACGGGCAAGAUUUACAGCCUAGGCACCACAAGAACCAAUCGCGGCCUUCGCCUGAAGCACGGCACUCAGGAGCGCGUCUUCCGGCUGGAGUUCAUCUCCAAUCAGGAGUUCACAGAGAACGAGUUCAAGAAAUGGCAUGAGGUCUGCCAGCAUGCGCACGUACAGAUGCCCUCUAUCGAACUCAUUGAAAUUAAGGCGAACGAUAUCAAGAAGGCCCUGAACUACGAGUUCAAGGACGAGGAUGUGGACAAAAUUGUGGAGGAGAAGAACCGCUUCCGCAACCGUCCCACCAACUAUGCAAUGAAGAAGACCUGCCUAAUGAAGGAGAGAGACGCCGCCAUGCUCCGGGGUGACUACGACAUUGCCCAGGACCUGAGCCAGCAGAUCGAUGAACUGGAGAACCGAGCCUCUGAGCUGGACAAACGAAGAUCGCACACACUGAAUCUGAUUUCAUACAUUAAUGACCGUAACCGCAAGAAGAACGUUCAAGAUGCCGAAAAGGCCAUCAUGGAGGAGGCCCGGGCCAACAAGGGCCAGAAGAUAUCAGAUCCGUUCACACGUCGCAUCACUCAACCGCGCAUGGGCUUCAAGGGUGCUAAGAAGGAAGAAGAGGAUCCGCAGCUAGCACCACUGCCUCCACCGCCGCCUGGCAAGAAAAGGCCAAACGAGGCCGGCUCCUCAAAUUCGAAGCCCACAGACGCAAAGGACUUUAGCCUGUACUCGCUGCACGACUUUGAUAUAGACUUGGAUGUGCCUCUACCGGUUAACAGCACAAAUUCAGUGCCAAAGCCGGCGAAUAAGCCAGCCGAAACCGUCUCCAAGCGGUCGCUUAACCUGGAGGACUACAAGAAGAAGCGCGGCCUCAUCUAGAGCUUCAGAUUCAAACCAUAUUGACAAAGCUCUUGCGUUUUGCGUCCUAGUUAGUGUAGUUAAGCAUACCGUGCAUAAAUCGACUAAAGUGACAUUUGUUAACGGAAAAACGAAAAACAAAACUAAAGUUAGUAAACGAGUUCCAGUUCGUUGCAGUUUCUGUGUUGUAUUAGAUGGACAGAACACAAACCAUACUGUUGCUGGAAAGAGGAUGAUUAGGGAUAUUUCAAUUGUUAUUAUUUCAUCGAUUAUCUUAUCAGAAAAUUUCCAUUUGUGUUUGUCUCUGUGUAUUACUUUUUUUAUUAGAAUUCAAUACUUAGAAAAAUGUACUAUAACUCCACUCCUUAUGUAUUCAAAUAUCACAGUUAUUUUACUAGUACUUAAGUUGAAAAUUGUAUUAUAUAGCUGCCACCUUCCCAAUAAUCAUCCUCCAUGCGAUGUUCAAUAAAUUUAUACGAUGAUGAUGAUGAUAA